AUGUCCACACCAAUCAAGAACACAUCUUCGACCGAUCUUCCACAAAGUAUAUCUCCUCCAUCCUUCAUCGACCCUCCACUAACUGCUCAUACACACACUCCAGCGACCACUACACCCUCAGAUAAUCCAGCAGCUGCAUCCGCCUCAGAAUUGAUUAUUGAGACCACCACGGACACGACCAUUACUACUGAAUCAAAAGACAAAGAAGCGACUAAUUCAAAUGAAAGCACUCCAGCAGACCUCCCUCCCCUCAUCUCCCCAGAUGCCUGGUCUGACACAGUGGGUGAUGAUACAAAGGAGGACGAAAAGGAAGAAGAAGAAAAGGCUGCGUCCCAAAUCAUCCUACACCCCUCCGCUUUUGUUUUGACUAGAUUCACUACCACUCCCCAUGACGGUCUUACAGACAUUGACUCUGUCCUUGCAACGGACUAUGCCCCGGAUACAAUUUUCAACAACCGCCGUCGCUUCCCUGAUGAUUUCCUCAAGCACCUUUAUGCUUUCACUGAAAUCGAAUACCUACACGAUGAAGGAAUCAUUGCCAUGGAACUCGUUAAACCCUCUGACAAUCGUUUCGGGUUCUUGGCAUGUCACAAAAUCUACGCUUUCAAGUCAAUGAUUGGAAAGAAUGGUAUUGGAGCCAAACUUCGAUUUUUACUUUUAGGAAUUGUGAAGCAUGCCAAGCAAUACCAAAGCAACUAUGCUCUUGAUCUAAUCCCCCUAACAUGCCAGGGGUUCAUUAACACUGCAACCUUCAUCAAAAUGUUUACCAGCAAGAACGUCAAGAAUAUCAGCAUCUCUUCGGAGUCUGUGCCCAUGUCCGUGUUUGCACCUGAGGAUGACCCAUUCAAGAACAUCCAUGAUGCCAAACCGCUUGGGUCCUACAACUUCCAACAGGACAAAAAUUUAAAGUAA